AUGACGCAGUAUGGAACUUAUCAUGGGGAACUUCCGCAUAUCAACAGGACCGACAAGUACUGUGGUGGAAUACAUGCAACGACACGGGAAUUGGAAAGUCAACGCUUGCAGAUGCAAUCACCACAAAACAGCACAAUCACAUCGUACCAGGGUGCUAGUACAUUAAAUUUAAGGAAAGGAGACACAGCUGCAGGGGACGAGGAUCUUGUUUUCGAUGAACGAUCAUUUUUCAGAACCUAGUGGUGUAAAGAGGAAGAUUGAAGAAGAACUAGGUAGAAGACCGAACCAGCGAAAAUACAGAACCUAGUCGUGUAAAGGUCAAAAAUAGGUGUGGCUUUGAAUCUCUGAGAAAAUACUGAUGUCAAAACCUAUGAUAAGUGAAGUCAUGUCUAAACUAUCAUCAGCUAUCAUCUCUAAAUGCAUCAAAUAUCUCAUUAUUGAAGUAUUCUAGAUACAGACUGCUCAAAGCUGCAACUUCUAGACACAUAUUAGACUAAUCUAGGAUUUCCUACUGAUGAGAAUGCUGCUGAUGUUUUUGAGCUCGUCAGGAAAUGAAUUCAACAAAAAGUAAAUAAAACUGAAAAUUCUUUGACUUCAAGAAGAAAUCUGAAGAUUUCAAAUUUCGAAUCUAAGAAUUUCAACUAGAGAAGAGUGUUAAUGCUAAUGUGCUUACUUGGAAAUGAAUUCGAAUUAAACGAGAUAUAAUCAAAAGUUUAUGGAUAUCCCUAAGACUUACAUGAGUUCAGAAAUUUGGAUUCUCGAGAUUCAACUCAACCCUCCAUUUGCUCUCUAAUCCGCACCACCGACCUGCUCCCUUAUGCUCUCGACACCGCUCGCAGUCGCAUCGCAUUCGAGAGCGUUUUUCUGAAACACCGAGCGAAGUCAGGCUGCACUGCCGGGGCGAUUUGAGACAUUUGCUUUUCUCAUUAUCUAGAGGUUUCAGCAGAUGGAAAUACAACUACUACCACCGAUCCAGCAUCGGUUGAGGCUUUGCCAACAAGGACUAGAGUGUAUUGGAAAACGGGAGACGUGCACUUCCACUCAUUGGCUAUCGUGACGCCUUGUGAUGCGUCGCCAUUUGAUCCUACGGAGAUGGGAGCUUUUAUCCAGUGGGAACAUCGUUCGAUUUAUUAGUAUAGAUCCUUUCAAACCAGUUCUAAGCAAGUGAUUAUGAUGCUUACCGUUGAUAGUCGAAAUUGAGACUUGAGUUAAGGCACCUAGAAGUAGUUCUUUCCACAUGGUCGUCUUUUUUUAGGAUGUUGCACCUUAAAGGUUGUGUGAUCCCACAUCAAUCUACUCAACUUCUGUAACUCCUUGUACAGAAAUAGCACUAUGUUGUCGAAGUAUAAUUUAUAUGUUUAGCCGAGACAAAAGAUCAUACUAUAGAGGAAUUACUAUUGCUCACGCAAUACAAGGAUUAUGCGUAAAACAACUGUUAAUCGUUCACAUGUUAGAGUCUGAAUUUCGAAGAAACUAGAAAUAUCGCUGGUUUGGACUAGAAAUAUCGCUGGUCGUUUGGCAUAAUCGAAAAUGAGCAUUACGGUAACAAGAAUGUCAUCGAGGAAAGCAAACGCACGCGAAAAAUAUACACGAAAUGGAAAUGGAAAUGUACUCUAUCUUCACUUGGACGAUGCUCCGCUUGUAGUUACCACUGACUUGAAGGCAAACGCGCAAAGAUUAGAAGUGCAAGUGCAAAGAUUAGAAUCAACUAAGUACAAAUAGGGGAACGAUAAAUCUCGCUGACAUAGACAAGUUGUCUGGCGGAGAUGCAGUACUGAGGAGUUGGAGCAGACUUCUAACAACUAGACAGUUGUACCGAGUAGACUAACUACAUGAAGAGCAAUCACUUGGACGAUGCUCCGCUUGUAGUUACCACUGACUCGAAUGAUUGAAACUGCUCUAGAGAGUAGAAUCUUGAGGUACAUGAACAAUGAAAGAACUAUUCAGGUACAAGAACUAGUAUAUCAAAUAAUCACAGUAUGGGAAUAUGCGC